AUGAGCGACCUCAGAUCCUCGCUCCUCAAAGCAAGGCUCACCAAACUUCCUCCAGUCCCUCCAUGGCCCGCAGAGCCGCUGCAUGAAGACGACGAGGACGACAGUGACGCAAACUACCGCCACGAGCAGGACGAAUCCCGCGACAGCUUCCCAGGUCCUUCAUCAUCCUCCGCCCUACUACCGCACAAAGAAAAGACGAGCCGCCGCACCCAUCGCAAUCCGCAAGACUUCAGCCCGCUCACCGCACAGGGCUACUUUGACCAGGCGCUCGAGGUCGAUGUACCCCUCUGCCAAUCGGAGCCCGUCCAAGCAACGCAGAGCAACGCCCCGCACGCCAAGUUCCGAGUCUACUACACACCACCCCGACCCAGCCCGCGUCACCCGGCACCCAGCCAGCGCGGACCUCGCCAUGCCAACGCCCCACCAUCCGGCUCGUUCCAAGAUGUCUCGCUCAGCGCAGCCAGCAUGGCACCUCCCACGGUCGACGAAGAGUAUGACGACGGAGGCGAGUCGGCCGGCCCCGGUACCCUCUUCCUCUUCCACCACGGAGCAGGUUUCAGCGGGCUCUCCUACGCCCUGACCGCCGCCGAGAUCACCCGCACCACCGAGGGCCAAGUCGGCGUACUUGCCUUCGACUGCCGAGGACACGGCCGCACCAAGCUUCCCCACACCAGCAUGCCCCUCGAUAUGUCACUCUCAACGCUCACCGGCGACCUUGUCUCUCUCCUGAAAGCCAUGUUUCCCGACCCUUCCCAGAUGCCUUCGCUGAUCCUCGUCGGUCACUCAAUGGGCGGAUCGGUCGUCGUAUCCGCGAGCGAGCAACUGUUCCGCUCUGGCUUCACCCGCAUCGCCGGCGUGGCCGUCCUGGACGUCGUCGAGGGGACCGCUAUGGACGCGCUCGAGGGGAUGCGUUCCAUCGUGCUGAGCCAUCCGCGUGGCUUCGACAGCGUCGAGCAGGCAAUCGAGUGGCAUGUCGACAGCAAGACGAUCGCCAACCCGGACAGCGCCAGAGUCAGCGUGCCGCCGCUCGUGGAGCGUAACACUGAUGUGCCUGACGAGGUGGCUAGGACUCGACAGGCGGACAGCGAGCCGAUGGAGGUCCUGCAGGACCACGAAGGCGCUGCGGCGCAAGAGCCCGGUCAGGGCGAGGAGGCACAACGGUUCCGUUACAAGUGGAGAGCGGAUCUCUUAGCCACCGAACCGUACUGGCGAAGCUGGUUCCAGGGUCUUUCGUCGAGGUUCCUUGGAGUCAAGACGGCCCGCCUGCUCCUCCUGGCCGGCACUGACCGGCUGGACAAGGAGCUGAUGAUCGGACAGAUGCAAGGCAAGUACCAGCUUGCUGUGAUCCCCGAUGUCGGACAUUGCCUACAGGAGGACGCUCCCGACAAGACGGCUUCGAUCCUGGUCGACUUCUGGAGGCGCAACGAGCGUAUCAAGCUGCCUCUCAAGGGUAUCAAGAAGGUCGGUGAGGCAUAA